ACUGCUCUCUCACAACUGCUCUUGUUUUCUGUAAUGGAUUUCAAGAGCUCAUCCAAUUCCUAAUAUCUUUCUUUCUUAGAUAGUUUUUCAGUAAAACAUUUUCCGGGUUUCUCAGUAAAACUUUUUCAGGGCAUCUCAAUAAAAAAGCUUCCUGUGACUGAGAGAUGGUAGUGUUGAGUUUUGAUUUGCCACCUGGGUUCAGAUUUAGUCCUAAGGACAAGGAGCUCAUCGAAUUCUACCUGAAGCCAAAGAUCACCGGCAAUGAUAAGGACAUUUGGUUUAUACCCGAAAUUGAGUUCUAUGAAGAUGAGCCAUGGGAUUUACCAAUUAAAACUGGGAUUGCUUCGGAGGACCAAGAGUGGUUCUUCUUCACUGUACUGAGCCUGAAGCAUCAGAACGAUAAUCCAAAAAAGAGAAAAAGGGGUCAGAAACAGGAACUGGUGAACAGGCAAACCAAGACUGGGUUCUGGAAAUCAACCGGUAAAGAUCGGGAAAUCGAGUCUGGAGGGAUCGUGGUUGGAAUGAAGAAAUCUCUGGUCUUCCAUAGAGGGAGUACUAAGGGAAAAGGGAAGGGAAUAGGGACUAGUUGGGUAAUGCAUGAGUACAGCACAACCCAGAAGGAGUUUGAUGGAAAACACCCCGGCCAGAAGCCCUUUGUACUUUGUCGUUUAUUCAAUAAUGAAGAAAAGAGUAACAAAGGUGGACCCGCAAAGUCUAAGCCAGCACUGUCUCCUGUAUCUCCAGUAUUGGAAGUGCAAGCUGAAAUUUCUGAUCAAAUGAUGUCUGAUGUUACGGAACUUGUUCAGUGUAACAAUGACAACAAACAUCAUAAAGCAUAUGUUGCGGAUGAUCAAGCGGAAGGGGUUGAUUUAAGUGAAGAGGACAUGGAACUUCUCAUGGGUGCAUUCUAUGUCCCUUCAGAGGACUCUCCACCCGGUUUACCCCUCACCACUACUGAUGUUUCAACUCCAAUCACUGUCAAAUCUUCUCAUAAAGAAACACAAUCUGAGCCAACAUUGACUCCAGCAUCUCAAGAAUUGCCUGAGCAAGCUGAAUACCAUCCAAUUACUUGCAUAACAAGAUUUGGCAAUGCAGCACCACUUGCAUGUAACGAUGAUUAUAAUGCUUAUGCUGCAGAAAAUCAAGUGGCAGAAGUAAAUACUGCAGAAGUUGGCCUCGAUCUGGAUAUGGACAAAGCCUUCGAAAGGUUCUUUAUCCCUCCACCAGGGUCAGUAGAUUGCAACCUUUUCUCCCCAUCAACUUCAACCCCCGUUACUGCUGUUUCAAUGUCUCCAGACUUUGGCAGUGAAGCUGACAAUUAUCGCCCAAGUUUUCGACGUCUUCCUAAAGAAAAUUCUGAUGGAAUAACAACUGACACUAUAGUGCCCAUUGAGUACAAUGGUUAUAACACUUAUGUUGCAAAUAAUCAAGUGGCAGAAGUGACAUCUGAUGAGGUGGAGGCAGGCUCGAAUAUGUUCCCUGACACACCACAGCCGCUAGGUUGCGACAUGUUAUCCCCAUUACACUCGCACAUGCAAGCAGAGUUAGGUUCUUCUUGCAUGUCUUACCCUUUUACCAAUGACUUAAACAGUGGUUAUUGGAGGGUGCAUCACCAAUCUGGCAUGAAUGUGCCAGCUCCCAAUUUCUCCGAGUCCGGGGAUUUAACUCUUAUUAAUCCAGAUGAGUUCUUUCCUAAAAUGUCUAGCAGUCAAACUAAUCUUGCUUUUGAUGAUGGGACCCUGAAAAACAUGGUCUCUGAUAAGGACAGUGGGUCAGAUGCCAAUCUGCCGUUCAUGCUUGAGGAUCCAGAAUGGGUGUCAAUUGAUGAGAUCUUGAAUCCAGAGGUUUCAUCACGGUUGUUAAAUCAGGAUCAUACUUAGGAUCUCUGGGAGGGUCUGCGGAUCAGAUCAUAGGAUCUGAUUGAAGAUACCCUUACUAAUAUUAGUAAGGGCAAAGAUUAAAAGAAUUAUUAGUCUUCCUUUUCCCACUUACAUACAUUUGCAAACAUUCCCCAAAGUCUCCUCAAACCGAUUCACUCUUUUUCACCUCAAAAGAGAAUUUUAGUAUAUUCCAACCAUCUUUCCCUCUACUGUCCUCUCCUCCCUUUCCAUUUCCCUCUGUUCCAAAUAUUGUGUUAUUGUCUGUUACAAAGCACAGACCCAUGGUAUUUUACAUUCAAAAGCCUAUAGCCUCCUUCAACAACUCAAAUAGACUACCACCCCCAUUUCCCUCUACUCUCCUCUGCCCCACCCCACCCCCCCAAAAAAACUCUAAAAAAGCUACCAGCUUAGGCUUAUUUCAGCUCCAAGUUGAAUUUAAAGGUUUCUCUUGGAAAACCCAAUCUAGGUCGGGAUUUUAAUUAAUCCUGUUCUUAAUAGACUUCUAGUUCUGGUUGAAGUCAUUGAUGUUUAAGAUUUGUAGAAUUGUGAGAUCGAAGAUCCUUGAUCGAGAUUUUAACAACCCCUGGACUCUGUUACAGAGUGAAACAAGUACAAUCGAUUACUGUACCGUCACUUCUCGUGUAUAAUGUUGAGGUGCACUGGACAGCCUUGGUGUUCUUAUGAGAGGACCUUACAAGUACAAUGCGUCCUCAUUUGCUGGUGCUGUGAACAAAUUAUAUAUGUAUAUAAUGAAUUAAGCUAUCAUUUGGAAUUAGUAUGAGGAUUUGGCAACUACGAAAAUGGAAGCAAGGCUUCAUUGUUGUUAAAUCUGUAUGCAGUGUGAUUUAUGUUUAAGCUGUACUGAUAAUUGUCUACUUCUGUAAACAUGUAAUGAUAUGUACUCCUAAGUCAACCGAUGAAUUUCGUUUGUGUUAUCA